UCAUUGAUUUUAGCAGCAAAGACUAUACUGAGUAGAGAGGUGAAAGCGUGAAAGAGAGAGAAGAGAAUGUCAGGGUCAUUCUCAAUGCUGUUUUUGUUUCUCUUCAUACUCGUCGGAAUGUUACUCUCCUCCGACGCCGUUGAUGACAAAUGUGCCGCCUGCAAAGCCGUCGCGGUCUCACUCUCACAAUCGUUUGCACCUUGCAGGAGGAGCUAGAGAUUGGGCUUUCUGCUGAGAGGCCACGGAAUCACUUAGAUAUGCGCCAUCGCUUAGACUCCAAAGGCCAACGUGAAGGAAAACUAAUCGAUUACAGAGUUAGCGAGUUAAGAGUCGUUGAACUUCUUGACGGCCUUUGUGAAAAGAUGCAAGAUUAUACACUCAAGAUAAGUGCAAAUACCUAUGAAUGGUUCAAAGUGAAUAGCUGGGAUAACAUCAUAACAAAUAAGCAAGAAGCUCGGGCAUAUUCAAAAGCUAUAUCUUCUUAUUGUGGGAGAUUACUUGAAGAAACAGAGGAUGAGUUGGCUGAAUUGAUCAGAAAAGGAUCUGUUAAAGUGGGAGGUGUGAGCAAAGUUCUUUGUCAAGAUUUGAGCAAACACUGCAGUCAAACGAGUGUAUCACAUGCGGCAGAGGUCGACGACGAUGGACGUAAUGGAGAGCUCUAAAACGAUGGAUAUUAGGAUGGCUGGAAAUACCAGCUUUUGGCCAAAUUAUAAAUUGAUAGAGUGCAUCCCAAAAUUCAUGGUAUUGGAAAUGGUCUAUUUUCUCAUUACAAAAGAAGACUCUUUCAGCAAUGUGGUGGAUCAGACUCUCUAAUCAAGUAAUUAUCAAGGGUCUAAAAUCUUGUUUUGUUUUUUGUAUUUUUUUUGUUAAAAAUAUUUAGUAAUACCUAGUAAUUUCAUAGACUAGAUACCUCACCCAAUGGAGAACCCAGCUGUGGUUUUUAACUUAUUUUUAGUAGACCUUACAUUUCUAUAGAAUUUCAAACAAUUUUUCAUUCCAAUGAUAGAAUUCUUGAGACUUUAAAUCAA